AUUUGGUCAUUGAUCUCGCGAACGACAAGUAUUUCGGCAGGAAGAAGCUGAUCAGUAUCUGUCAGGAAGCUGUUGCAUGCGGUUCUUCAGAUUCAGUGGCAGCUGGAAACAAUUCCAAGAGAGUUUCCUUCCAGAGUGUUUUGUUGCCAUUGUUACGAGUCGUUUGCCAGCCCGAGUUUUGCAACAACCCUGCUUCGAGCAAGGUUAACACGACCCUCGCAACCAUGGUUGAAGUGGAAGGGUUUCAAGAAUACCUCGUCAACUGCAUGAGGCUUCUGACUCAAAGGGGAACAAUAGGCGACCCCGAGAAAAAAGACGACGGCGUCAAUGACUGGGACACGGCAUUUCAGAUCAUCAUCAACUUUUUUCACUUGACAAUGGACCGUUUCCACUCCUUGUUUGACGCUACACAAGCCAGCACUGACAUGCAGCAGCUUGAAGCCAUGCUUCAGAAAUGGCAGAUUGAGAAGCCAGUGUCUGAUGGAAAGUACCAUAGCCUCUACUCAGCCAUUCGCAGGCUGAGGAAGUCUCUUGAUAGGCGCAGUCAUUGCAAAAGACAGAGGCAGAGCACGGAGAUUGGCCAGACGCCAGUUGAAGUCUCCUACGAGCCAGGUCAUCAGCUUUUGACCAAGCAAGCUGUGGAUGGUCCGGGUGAACUCAGCUUAGCUGGCCACCCGAGGCAUGAUAAUGACCAUGCAGACAUAUCAGCCAUUUCCGUGGCUCCAACCAUGGAAGAAGUUCUUUGCGAUGUCCCUCCUUAUCUGCCCCGCAAUAAUGUGGAGGAGCGUCAUCACCUCCCUGCUGGCUCUGUAGGACGCCACGUGGACAUCCAGUUCCGCCUUCUCAGGAUGGAGUUCUGGGAGCAUACGAAGAGGCUCCAGAAUGGCUCUCUGGUUUGCCUGUGGAUUCAGGACAUCCAUCAAGAUAACAUGGAAGCUCCAGGUCGCCAGAAGCUUGUCUUUGCAACCAUCACAGCCCGAGACACGCGAAGGCUAGCCAAUCAGAGGCCUCAGAUUGGAGUCCAGCCUUGUCAAAAUAAUCGGUUCAGUGCAGAGCUGCUGGAGCUCAUCUCCCAUGAUGGCUCUGCUAACAAGCGAGUUUUCAUGCUGGAAGCUCAUGGGAGUUAUUUUGCCUAUGAGCCGAUUCUGAAGGCAUUGCAGAACAUCAGUGAAGCAUCCUUUCCGUUCUCGGAAUACAUCUGUGAUGCACCUGACGGCGCUUCUGCCAGCCCUAAGACCAAGCUUCCAGCAUAUGUCGGUGACAGCAUGCACUAUGACCUGAGUUUGCUGGUUCAGACCAAGGCCUCGCCUUCCCAGCAAGAAGUUUCUCCAGACGACUGGUUUUCCAUCAUAAACGUUCCAAUUUCCGACCCUGACGAGUUUCCGAUUGAUCUUCUCAUGCGUUGCACAUCGCUGGACCACCCUCAAUGCACGGCUCUCCAAGCUGGUUUGACUCAAGAGUUCGCCCUGAUCCAAGGGCCACCAGGAACCGGCAAGACUUUUGUUGGAAUCAAGCUCGUGGAAGUUCUCCUGAACAACGCCUUUGCGGAUGCGGUGGAUGGCGGCCAGAAGGAUAAUCCCAUGGGUCCGAUUCUCUGUGUGUGCUUCACCAAUCAUGCUCUCGACCAGUUCCUGGAGGGCUUGAUCGCAAGUGGCAUAAAGAAUGUGGUUCGAGUGGGAGGUAGAAGCAAGUCUGAGUCUCUUCAAAAGUACAACCUCUUCAACAUCAUCCAAGGGUAUUCUCCCCACCACAGCCAGAGGAAGCUUCACAAUUCUCAAGGCUACAGGAACUCAAAGUUUUCGAUUCACAGCAGGAUGAGAGAGGUUGAAAGAGUCAUUGCAACCUACAGCGAGGCCUUGCGGUUCAGAAAUGAUAACUUCCAGGCCAUGUCAUGGGGCUUGAUCUCUCCCCAUUUGAUGGCGAACCACCCUGUGUUUUUUGAGGCGCUCCAAAGCCCUGUGGAGAUCGACAUUGUUGAUUCCAAGCACGUGGCACCCGAUUAUUGGAACGAGUGGAAGCGGGGCUUGACGAAGGAAGCAGUUGUUCGUAGAAACAAAGGACUCAUGGAGGCCAUGAUGAAGCAUGCACCGGUAGUUGAGAUAGCAAGAAGUAGCCAGGAGGCAGCAACCAUGCAGAGUGCACGGGCAAUGGACACGUCCGGUGACCGAGCAUUGGAGGACCUGCUCGAAGUGGCAGAUCCAUGGGCAACCAGCCUACGGGAGAGACUGAAGCUUCUGAGGCAUUGGUUGGAGGAGCUCAAGGCGACUGCCAAUGCUGCUAUCGAAGCAGAGGUUCGCAAUCAUGCGAAGAAGGUGGCGGAGAGUCGGGAGCUCAUGGAUAUAGAGGACCUGCAGGUGCUGAGGAAGGCGCAGGUGGUGGGCAUGACCACGUCUGGGGUGGCCAAGAUGCAGCGCCUCAUCACGGCGCUUGGCCCGCGAGUCAUCGUCGUGGAGGAGGCUGCUGAGGUGCUGGAAGCCCACAUUCUCACGUCGCUUACCCCGCAGACUCAACACCUCAUCCUCAUUGGCGACCACCUGCAGCUGCGGCCCAAGGUGGAGGUGUACGAGCUGAGCAAGGACUCCCUAAGGGGCUUUGACCUGGACGUUUCACUCUUCGAACGCCUCGCCCUCUCCAAGCAAAUCCCCAUUUACACCCUCGCCACGCAGCGCCGCAUGCGUCCGGAAAUCGCCAACCUUAUCCGCAGCACCAUCUACCCCCAGCUCACAGACCACCCAUCUGUUCAGAGCUACCCCGACGUUCGAGGCAUGGCAACAAAUCUGCACUUUUGGGACCAUGACAGCCCGGAGAAGGGCGGUGAUUACCUAAAUGAGUCAAAGUCCAAGACAAACGAGGGAGAGAUGGACUUGGUGGUGGGUCUGGCGACGUACCUGCUGCAGCAGGGGUACGCGGGAGGGGAGAUCACCAUCCUCACCCCGUAUGUUGGCCAGCUGCUGAAGCUACGCCAGGCGCUCUCCCGUGUGGUCAAUGUGAAGCUGGGGGAGAGUGAUGCUGAGGUGGUGGAGGAGGCGGAGGAGAAGGCUGCAGCUAGGGGCGGUGGAUCCAGAGAACGUGAUGGCAGGAGCAAGGGUGAUUCGUCACAUGGCUCAUGGUCGCAGAGCAAGGGGCCGGGACCGGGAGAGAGCCAUCUCGUGCCGUCCACAGCGGAUUUGAAGGAUGAAGUGCGGUUGGCUACGGUUGACAAUUUCCAGGGCGAGGAGAGCACGGUGAUCAUCAUCUCCCUCGUACGCAACAACGGUGACGGCAAGAUCGGGUUCCUCAAGAGCCCCAACCGCACCAACGUGCUGCUGUCCCGUGCCAAGCAUGGCAUGUACAUUGUUGAUGACAAAGCCAAGAAGGAGCAGAAGGGACAGGAACAGCAGGCACCUGGGUUGCAGCAGCCGCAGCAGCAGCAGCAGCAGCAGCAGCAGCAGCAGCAGCAGCAGCAGCAGCAGCAGCAGCAGCAGCAGCAGCAGCAGCAGCAGCAGCAGCAGCAGCAGCAGCAGCAGCAGCAGCAGCAGCAGCAGCAGCAGCAGCAGCAGCAGCAGCAGCAGCAGGAGGGAGUGGGCAUGGAAGUAUCAACGUCAACUGUUCCAAAGAAGCACAAGAUGCGGCCACCAGUGCCCCUCCUUGUGCGGGGAAAAGUGCCCCUCUACCGAAUAUUGCACUCCUCCCAAAUGCGGUCUGUGACAGGCUUCAUGGCCGAAGCAGAACGCCUGCGUGCUGCAUCCAUGAAUCCACCCACCUGGAAGACUUAUCAGGCGUGCAUAGCAGCUCUGCAGAGAAAGCACGCGCUGCUGGGGGGCCCGGCAUGGAGUGGUGGGAGAGGCGGGGCGAGUGGUGCUGGUGAUUUUAUUCCUGCAGCAGCAUCGUUGGAGGAGGAAUGCCGUCUGCUCUACGUUCCCCAGCCGGACGCGCGCCCGCCUUGCGAAUCGCUCAUCAUUCUGGCAAAAUGCCACGAGCUUCUCAUGACUCUGAACCUCCUCCAGCUACGGGACCAUCUGAGGAAUCUUCGAAAUGCAACUGGACAGAGAAGUGCUCCAACUAUAGAGCAUUACUUUUACCAGCGUGUACGUGAAUGUAGAAUAACUUUGCACACGUGCCUGAAUAAUGCUCGUGAGUGUCUUGUGGCGGCGGUGGAUUGGGCUGGCAAGUGCAUGGCACACCGACUGGAGGCAAGGGCGCGACUGGAGCUGGUUGGCGUGUAUCGUGCAUAUGUGGAAGGGAUGAUGGCUGAGCGCCUGCUCUCUAGCUCCACUGUCGACCAGAAUGGAUCGAAGGCGCAACAGCUGGAGUAUCUUGAGAAGGCUAAGAUCCUAUGCCACAUGGUUGCCUAUCACCCCAUGGUCUCUGUCAGUAACAAUGCCCUUGGGGAGAGAGCCAGGAAAAUGUUACAGGAAGAGUUACCUGCUCUGGAAACAUCUGUUCGGGACGAACCUCGUUAUUUUGUCCUGACAGAGCGGGAAAAGGACGAGGUGUACAGGGCGAUGGGCUUUGGAACAGGCCAUUGGUAUCGGUGCCGCAAUGGGCAUGUGUAUGCCAUAGGGGAAUGUGGUGGUGCAAUGCAGGAGUCACGCUGUCCGGAGUGUGGAGAGGUGGUGGGUGGGAGUAGUCAUCAGCUUCGAGAAGGGAACACUUCUGCAGCUGAUUUUUUCAGCGGUCUCAAUCAAAGGAUCGCUUAG